AUGGCCUCCAAAGUUCUUACCAACGGAACGGUGAUCACCUUUGAUGAUGCGACGAAGUCUGUGAAGGUGCUUCCUCGAGCUUCCAUACUCAUUAACAAUGAUCGCAUCGCCGCCAUUAUCGAAGAUGGCAAUGAAUUGUCUAUUCCACAAAACGCGGAAGUAAUCGAUGUGGAAGGGAAAAUUGUCGCACCCGGAUUCGUCAACACACAUGUACACAUGUGGCAAUCGGUAUUCCGUACGAUUGCGCCAAAUAUCAUCCUUGCGCAAUAUUUCGACUGGCUGAGUCAGAUGUCGCCCACCGCUACGGCGCCAUUCACGCCUGCAGAUGUAUACAUCAGUUGUCUGGAAGGAUACCUCGAAGGUCUCCACGCUGGCGUAACGUCUUACGUAGACCAUGCGCAUAACAACUGGGGCCGUGAAGUGGUCAAACCUGGCUACCAGGCUGCACUCGAUAGCGGCGCGCGUGUUUGGUGGUGCUAUGAUGUUACUGCAAACAACAAGCAAUUUCCAGAGGCGGAACAGUGGAAUGUUAUGGGCGAAAUCGCGGCAGAAUCUGCACCUUCGCGAAUGCAGAUCGGGUUGUCCUUGGACGGUCUGGCUGGAGAGUUCUUGAACGAUACCGAGAAGCAUCUCAAUAACCUGAAGGCUGCGACAGAGUGA